GUCAUGGCCCGCGGAGUUUAAUUUUCGUCAGGGGACGCGGAAGUGGCGAGCCGGUCGUGGAGGCGAGCUGCAGGUUCGGUGGGACACGGGAGGAGGGCCGCUGCUCCCGCGGAGUUCCCGCGGCCGAGCGAGGGGCUCCGGGCCCAAGCCCCGGGUCAGUGGGGGCAUUGUUACCGCCUGUGGCCGGCAAGCCGAGGCGCGGGCGGGCGCUGUUGACGUCUGAGCUCUGGAUCAGGGUGAGCGCUCGCCGGGCUUCGUCCUCUGCGGAUUCGCAGUGACGUUCCUUAACGACCGCAUCUUGAAGUUGCCGUAGUUGUCGGGAGGCUGGGCUUCGGAGGAAGGUAUUAAGAAACUGAUAAUGUUUCACUGAAUUUGCUUCUGUGUUUGCUUCCUCAAUGUCAUUCAUAUUGAGCAUCUUAAGAGAGAUGCUGGAAUAUUUUGGUGUUCCCAUAAACCAGGCUUUACAGAUUUGGGAAAAUAAAGACUAUGGAUCAGCUCGGAGUAUUGUUCGUAUUAUUGGGAAAAUUCUUCCUUUAGAACCUUGUCCCAGGCCUAAUUUUGAGCUGAUCCCGCUCUUGAACUCUGUGGACUCUGCUAACUGUGGAUCUGUAGUUCCAUCCUUUGCUGAUGUUUUGUAUGUGGCAAAUGAUGAAGAUGCCAGUUAUCUCAGAUUUCGAAAUAGUAUAUGGAAAAAUGAAGAUGAGCAGAAAAUUGAAUUUUUCUAUCCUUCGCAACUAGUUGAGGAUUCAUUGUCACCUGCUCUGAGGCAUGACAAACCAAGAAAAAAUGAUUGGCCUGAAAAUGAAGCUGCAAUUAAAAAAAUAGCUGCCCUCGAAGAUGAGCUAGCUUAUCUUCGCUCUCAGAUUGCUGCAAUUGUGGGAAUGCAAGAACUGAGAAACAGUACGAAUUCUGGCUUCUUGGAGUUGAAUGACAGGCCUAGUGGUUUGGGACAGAUGACGUCAUCAGUGACUACUCACCUGAGUGCCCAACCAGAUCCGUCUUCAAGUUCAGUGCCUCCCUCUCCUCCUCCUCCACCACCACCCCCUCAGUUUUCUUCUCUGCAGCCUCCGUGUUCUCCUCUUGUACAACCAGUUUCUAAUAAUACUUGUGCAUCAGAUAAUUCAGCAACUGAAAUGAAAAAUGAGUACCCAGAUGCUAGUACGACCAACUAUAGUCAUUAUGCAAAAAAACAGAAACAUAAAGAUGUUCCAAACAUGUUGGAUGUUCUAAAGGAUAUGAAUAAGGUUAAGCUUCGUGCUAUUGAAAGAUCACCUGGAGGCAGACCCAUUCAUAAGAGGAAGAGACAAAACUCAUAUUGGGAUCCAGUAUCUUUAAUAUCCCAUGCACUUAAGCAGAAAUUUGCAUUCCAAGAAGAAGAUUCCUUUGAGAAAGAAAAUAAUUCUUGGGAGUCUUCUCCAUUUUCUAGUCCAGAAGCUUCAAGGUUUGGACAUCAUAUUUUACAGUCAGAAGGACGUUGAACUAAAGGAAGAACUGACGAACACAGCAGGUGUCGACCAAGGCAUGAACAAUGAGGGGUGUGUCUGCACAUGGAAAGAAGGCUUGCAGAUGUGUGCCAGCAUGACUGUCCCUAUAUGUGAAAAGAUCUUAUUUCUUGUUGAUGAAGUUAAAUGUAGUCUAUACACUGGGGUAUAUUAAUGCAAAAGUCUAAAGGAUCUUGACUCUUAAGAAUACCUGUCUCUGGUUUUAGAAGACCCAGCAGUUACUUGGCUACUGAUGGUAGUUAGGUGUAUGGAUUCUUUUUUUGUGUAUGUAAAUGUUAUUAAAAGCUGAAUAUACACUUUGAAUGAUUUUCCUAAGAGCUAAAUAGUAAAUGAUUUAAUGUUCGUCAUUAGAGAAUAGUCAGGUCUCAUUAUAAGGUAACAUAAAUCAUUUAAUGGAUUAAGAAAAUAAUAUAAACUAAGUCUGUAUUGUGCUAAGCAGAUAAUAGUAUGUUUGAGUUUUUAAAAACAAUAUCUUAAAGCAAUUAUGACUUCCCCAAUUUAAGAGCCUUUGAAUCUUUUAAAAAUUGGUAGUGAUCUGGUUUACUUGGCCUCCAGCAGCUUGGAUAUUUUCAAAGGAUAUAAAAUUAUAAUUCUUUCAUACUUUAAGAUAGUCAUACUUUGAAUCAUAGGUUGAACCACCUAAGAGCCUUCCUGAGGUGAUAACUAUUCUUAGAAGCUGAUUUUGAGCAUUGAGUGCUAGAUGGAAGAAGUAUGUAAAGAACCUUCUUGAUCAGUUUUGCCUACACUUGCUGUGUAAACACAUACACCUAUUAUUUUAUUUCCUUUGUUCCUUAUUACAUUUAUACUCUGUUCCUUUGUAAAUAAAUGUGCCUUUUUAAACUUA